AUGUCGCAAUCUCGGGAUUGGCAGAAUGGUCUUGGUGGCUGUUGCUCACCUCUCGACUCCUGCUUGCUUAGCACCUGUCUACCAUGCAUUAUCUUUGGCCGUACUUCCCAGCGUUUGGAUAACCCUUCUGCGUCGAUUGAAAGCAUGAACUCCGAGUGCGCGAUCUUCUGCGCUAUUCAAUCCUUUACUGGUUGUGGUUGGAUUUAUAAUAUGAUGAAACGUCGAGAAAUCCGUGAAAAGUAUGGGAUUGAAGGAAGUGGAAUGGGUGACUAUUGCACCUCUUUUUGGUGUCUCUGUUGCGCUCUCGUUCAGCAGGACAAAGAGGUCAAAGUCCGCACGGUCCCAGCCUAUGACGCGCAAGGAUAUCAGUCUGUAGCAGAUGGUAUGAAGAUGCCCUGA